AUGAAUAAAACUGACCCAGAUUCGUUCGGAUCAUUAUAUGAUGCGUUAGUAUAUGUUGGUGUAACAUCUGGUUUGUAUAUCAAUGAAACAUUAGCAUUACCACGAUUGAAAUCAAAAUGGUCAUCGUUCAUAAGUAUUCUUCCACUUAUAUUAGGUUUGAUUGGUUUAAUAUUUAAUAUUCUUGCCUUAUUAAUAUUUAAAACAUCUAAGACAUUUCAAAAAAAUUCAUUUCGUUAUUAUAUUUAUGCCUUUGCAAUUAUUAAUUGUGCAAGUGUUUUAACUCAUUCAUGGCUUUAUCUCAUAUUUUAUUUAGUUGAUCCUAUACAUUUCUGUAAAUAUCUACAAUAUUUACAACAAUCAACAGCAACAACAUCACUUUGGAUUAUGGUUUUAUUAUCAUUAGAACGUUCAUUAACAUUUUCAUUACCAUUUGCAAUUAAAAAACUCUUACAAUCUCAUACAAUAUGUUUCAUACUUGUAUUUGUUACAUGUUUAUGUUUUGCAUUACAUAUUGAUGAAUUAAUUUCUGUAGAUGUCAAAGCAUUUCGUUGGGUAAAUUUUGCAUAUGGUCUUUGUUCAGUUAAACGACAUUUUCAUUUAUUAACAGAACGUAUUGAAAUUAUUACACAUGCAAAUUCAUUUAUAUUACCAUUUUUGUUUAAUUCAGUACUUGAUAUAUAUAUAUGUUAUAAAAUUUGUCAACGACGUAAACGUAUAGCAAUUAGAUCCUCAUUAUUAUCAUCAUCAAAUAAUCAAAAUAGAACAAAAAGAAAACAUCAACGAUUAAAAAAAUCGUUAGCACAUGAAAUAACAUUAACAUUAUUAUGUCAAUCGAUGUGGCUAUUAUUUACAUAUUUUCCAACACAUUUAUAUUAUUUUUUGAUAUCAUUUAAAUUAAUUAAUGAUCAUGAUCGUGACAAUUCAACAGUCAAUUUUUUUAUGAGACAAAAUUUACUUAUUUAUUUAGCUUUUUCACCAGCACUUUAUGUUAUAUUAAGCCCAACAUUACGAAAAGAAAUUCAUUCAUAUAUAUGUCAAUCAUAUAAAAGGCAUCGAACAAUAAGUCUAUCACAUACAUCAAAUUCACAAAAUAAAUUUCGAAAUUUUUUUUUCGAUCGUUAUAAUUCUCAUCAUUCUCAUCAUCAACAACAACACAGUACUCAACAAAUAAAUUUAGCUUUUUCAGUGACAACAUGUGAAAAAGUGACUGGAAAAUUUGUAUCGAAAUCAUCAAUAUCUGUACCUUUAAAAAUUCAAUAUAUAUCAAAAAGUCUACCAUGUUUACUUAUAUACAAUAAUAAAUAUGAAUUUGAUGAACAUUGCAAGAUAGAACGAUCAAAUACAGUACAUAAGUGA